GUUUCCAGUGACUGCUAGGAUUCCAAGGCUGGCUUUAUUCUGCAACUGCUAUAACUUGCUGCUAAAAAGAGAAGAGGGAAGCUGAACCCUGCUCAUUGUGGCUAAUUACAUCGGAGAAUUAGUUACAAUUACUGUGUUCUCAGUGUGAAACUGGAUUUUUUUUUUUUUUUUUUUUUAAGCAGAACUGAAUAAGCUUUUUUCCUACUGCCUUCUUUUUCAUCUUUUUCUACACACACAGGACUAAUGUUGCAAACAGUCUGCAUGAGUCCUGAACUACUGGUCAAUCAAAACAGUGAAAAUGAAACCUGUGGCUAUAGUCCAGGUCAGGGAUCUCCACUGCCUGGAGAAACUGCCAGUCCCAAAAGCUAUUUUCAACAGAGCCCAUCGUUGCCAGACUCUGGAUUAACUGAAUUUAACGUUGCAAGUCCCAAGAUCUACCCUCCUCCUUCACGUAAACAUCAACAGAUGUCUACUCCCACUGACUCUGGACUUAGCUCUGAUCCCCCUCAGAAGCGCUACAUGGGUGUGAGAGUAAAGAUGCCAGUACGGGAAUUAUUGAGAAAAAUUCGGCUUUCCAAAGGCCUGGACCCAGCUCACAGCAAGGAAGCCUCAUUAUUGAAGAUGGUAACCAAAGGAUCCUCAGGAAAAACAGAAAAGAGAAGAGUUCACCCUUAUACAGAGAAACAACUUAGACAGAGCAAGCAGAACGUUGGGCAAACACUGAAAGGCUUAGAGGACCUUGAUAUCCUGGUGGAGGUACUGCAGGAAGAUUUGAACAAAAGCCAAUUGAAGGAAUCGUCUCUGCAUUCAAUGCCAGAUGGCUUUUGGCAAGGCUUCUCCGCAGACCUGCAAGCUUCUUGGUGGGAAACUGGAGGAAGUAAGCAGGCAGCUAGUGGCCUGCAGGAAAGAUGCCACAGCUUAACCAAGCUGCGUUCGUACUGCUGUUUUAAAGAUUUCAACACAGUGUUGCGGGGAGAAGUAGAGACUUCUUUUCAUCAUGAUCAGAAAAACACUCCAGAGUCCAACUCACCAGGAAUAUUCUCAAGGACAAGUGAGAAAGAGAGUAGCUGGUGGAUACAGGAUGCAUGUACAAGUACCCAGAAAGAGUUCCUGAGGCAUUCUUCGCAGAACACAUCUCCACACUUUAACCCAUCAGGAGGCUGUUCAGAGAUGCAUCUGGAAGCUAAUACCCGUUCUCCAGACAUUGAAGGACAUUUGAAGUCGACCCCAAUUUCUUUCACACAGCAGGACCUCUCUGCCAUCUCUUUCUUCCAGUUCCAGCUACACAGGGAAGAAAGUUUCCUGAGAAAUAUCCCAGUGGACAAACUGCUUGCACCUGAUGAAAAUGGCAACAGGAUGCUGCACAAGGCUGUUGCUCAGGGAAGAAGAGCUCUGACUUACGCACUUGCACAGAGAUUUGCAUCCCUAAAUAAGAUCAAUGAGAAGGAUGCACAGAAACGGACUGCACUACAUCUUGCUGCAGGGAAGAAUCAGCAUUUGAUGGUGAGUGACCUGAUAUCCCUAGGAGCUAAUGUCAAUGAACAGGAUGGUUUUGGGAAAACUCCACUCCACCUGUGUGCAGAGAAUGGAUAUUUGAGGGUUUUAGAGGUUUUGAAAAAUUGCAAAAACAACGGUGUGCACGUGGAAGUGAAUCUGACCGACCAUUCUGGUUUAACACCGCUACACUGUGCUGCUCUUGCCCACACUGUCUUAGUUAUGGAAUCUCAAAAAACUGAUGACGAUACUGACACAGGAAGGUUUCUCAGACUACGCAAAGAUCAAAUUCUUGAGGGAAUUAACUGCUUAUUACAAAUGGGAGGAAAGCCUGAGCUGCAGGUACUGAAGUCAUAUCAAAUUACCACUACCUAUUUAAAAAUUGAGGAGAACACAGAACUCAUGUAUUUGCUUCAGACUCGUAAACCUAAGGAACAGAACAUUCUUCAAGAGAGUUACACUUUGCCGGAUGCUCCAAGAAGCACGCCCAGUCCCUCGUCACCAGAUAACUUCUCUGAACUUUUUCCCAUGUCAUCUUCGGACCCCUUUGACAUCAUUCUUAAAGGGAAAUGCUGAUAAACUCAUUAUCUGCAUCUCAUGGUCUACCUGCUGCAACUGCUGCUGAAGAACAGAGAGAGAAUAGACAGUAAAAGUCUUCAAAUGUAUUACAGCUUGAACUGACUGUUGAAAAUAUCUCCUUAGUACACAUGAUUAAAAAGUAAACUAAUAAAGGGGGGAAACCCUUGAGCCAGGUUUCAACAGUAUUAGGCAUUCAGUGUUAGAUGUUCCAGUAAAUUAAUAGGUCUUAAUUUUCUCACAAAGCUGAGCACUUGUACUUCUCUUUAAGUCAAUUUGAGUUGUAGGUAUUCUACAUUCUGAAACUUUGACAAUUUUUUAUUGCAGGUGCCUAGCUUAAGAAAAAAAAAACUUUGAAUUUAGUUAUUCAGAGCCUAGUCUUGAGAGUACCAGUGCCAGAUCAGUCUCUACAGGGCAAACAAUGUUCAGAUGUGCUGAAAAUCUCAGGCAAUAUAUCAUUUUAAACAUGAGCUAUGAGAACUCAGAAUCUGAUGGGCUAUAUUUAAUAUUUCUGCAGUUGGCUCUGAAUUUGUCCAAGGCUGGUGUUGUCACACUUUAAGGCAGUCCCACCGGAAAAAAAAAUCACUCCAAAAUAAAAACAUAGCCAUACACUGUUACUGAGCAUGUUUUUUUCAACAAAAAUUGAGCUCUUCAUUUAUGCAAUCAGAAUUUGCCACCAUAGUGGAUUGUAGGUGAAGUCUGGGACAGAACAUAGUUUAAAUCAGUUACUUUUGCUCUGGGUGAUCUAAUAUACCUUUACAAAAUUUAAGUAUAUAACAACACUUUACAAGGAGCACUUUUUAGGCUAAGCAAUUUUGCAAGUUAGAAGGAUAACAAGGAGCUUACAUUUUUCUGUGCUGCCAGAUAUCCAAGUAUUCAACAGAAUUCCUAUAAACUGGGUAAUUAUUGUCAAAAAAAAAAAUCUUCCCAGACAUAGUAUAAUUUUAUUUUAACUUCUGAUUGUGAAUUAGCUGGUUUCUAUGAAACUUCCCUGUUUGCUACAUAUGGAGCAAUCUACAUUUACAUAACCUACAAAAUGACUGAUCCAGCAAUCAACUCACAUAGGUACCUCCUGUUGAAGUAAAUGGGAGGUUUUUCACAUGUAAACAUUGCAGGAUCCAGUAUUAAGUACUCAGCAUGUUUGAGGAAUAUUUUCUAAUGAACUUUGCAUUUUCUUCUUGUAAAACCAGGUUAUUUUCCUCUUAUUGGAUAUCCUUAAGUGUUAAGCUCCAAGAGCUAUGUUGCACAACAUGAACUAAGUUUUACUAAAAAAUUACAGUGUUUAAAUUAAUCCCACUGAGAUUUGGGUCAUAUCCUAGGUUUCUUAUGCCCUGAACAGCUAGGUAGCACUCUUCUGUAUUUUCUCUAGUCUUAAAGAGACACGAUACUUCAAAAUUUUUAAUUAUUUUAUUAAAAAAAAAAAAAAAAAGUUUUGUUACAUGAGUUGGAUAACGCUAUGGAAUAUUCAUGUGCCUCCUUCCAUAGAUGUCCCUCAAUGUUUUAAUCCUGUGAUGUGUUUUUUCUUUUUCACUUUUUGUCCCAGGUUUUAUUUGGAAAUACAAAUAUUUUCCUCUCUGAUGAAUUUUCUCUGUCCUCUCCCAUCACCACCCAUUCUUCUUUCAUGUUUGCAUUUUAACUCACAUCUGUGUUCACAUAAUUUUUUAUUCAUUUGAAGAGAAUUAAUGCGGAUCUUCUAGGUUACUCAGUUUCUAUUUGUGUGAUUUAAGGAUCAGAUCCAACACCCACUGAAAUUAAAGACUCCUUAUUUUCACCGAAAACUGACCAAGAAAUUCCGCAUCUCACACAAAACCAAAAAUGAAACAGUAUGGUGAACAAAUAGAGAAUUGCAUCAAUAAGCAUUCUCAGUGAAGAAAAAUGAAUUUACCUACAAGAUAUAUUUUUAAAAGUGUAGAAAACUAUCAUAUAACAAUACAGUAUCAAUCAAGUUCUUUUAAUCACAUGGAAACCAUUCAGAUGAAAUGACAGGAACCUUAAGCUAUUAGUAUGUAUCAUUUAAUCAAUAUACUCAAAGCUGAACUAGCCUGUAAAGUAUACUCUACAACAGUUAUACAUUAAUUGCAUUGACAUUAGUAGUACGUUCUACAUUGUUUCCUUCUUUCCUUCUGUCAAUAAAUAUAUUAUUUCAUGCAGUA